AUGGUCAAAACUGAGAUACUUUUGUUCAUUGUGUUUGCAUUUUCAGAAGCCUCUGCAUGUUUCCUACUCAUCACCCCAUCCAGGUGGGGAGCCAAGCCGGCCAACUGUUCUGCACCCCUGCAGGAUGUCCUCCCAGAAUAUGUUGUCAUCAGCCAUACGGCUGGCACCACCUGCACCACCCAAGCAGAAUGCAGCAGGGAAACCAGGAACGCUCAGGAUUACCACCAGCGCAUCAAAAGAUGGUGCGACAUUGCGUACAACUUCCUGAUUGGUGAGAAUGGUUAUGUAUAUGAAGGACGGGGCUGGCGCAGUGAAGGCGCUCACACCUAUGGCUACAAUGAUGUGUCGCUUGGCAUUGCUUUCAUAGGUACCUUCACAGACCGAAUUCCCAACCCAGUGGCGUGGAAAGCCCUGAAGUGUCUGCUAGACUUUGGUGUGAAGAUUGGCUACUUGUCUCAGGACUACCUCAUAAUGGCCCAUAGUGAUGUCAGUGAUAUUGUGUCGCCCGGAAACCCUGUCCGCGAAGAAAUUGCCAAAUGGCCGAAUUACAAGCACAACUGAAGACCCUUCUUUCUCUCU